UGAGAGGUUGGAGAGUUGGAUCCUGCCUCCUGCGUGUUGCGACUCUGGGUUAUAUUUAGUCUCGGAAAGGCCACUACAGGCGCACAUCAGUUGGAAAAAAGGAACGCGUGGGGAAACCGGACCUAGCUCUGUGGCGGCGCUUUCCUCACAAUGAUGGGGGAGACCACCAUGUAGACAGCAGCCGCAGCAGCAGCAGCAGCAGCAGAGAUGGGGCACCACAGAUGGAGCGGUGCCGGACUGCAGCCGUGAAGAGGACCACUGGGCUGUCCCACGUUCACCUGGAUGCUCCCCUCCUCCUUUCCUCUCUCCGGCUCUUCUGUUUUUUCACUUCUGAGGCCAGACGGCAUCUAUUGAUUUAUCUUUUCCCUCAAUCUCUGCCUUCAAGCGCCACUUCUGAUAAUAAAUCUAUGUAUAUUUUUGCCUCCUACCUGGAUGCGAUUUUCUGAGAGCUCCACCACGGCGAGUUCUUCUAAUCUAUAAAGCAAUAACGAAUACUGUUCUCGACUGACGUGACAAGCCGACAUCAUGGGGGACAUGUCGAACAGCGAUUUUUAUGCCAAGAACCAAAGAAAUGAGGGUGGCCACGCUGCGGGCUUCGGCUGCUCUCUCAUGGAGCUGCGGACUCUCAUGGAACUGCGCGGCUCUGAGGCGGUGGUCAAGAUCCAGGACGACUACAGUGGAGUGGAGGGGUUGUGCAAGCGCCUCAAAACCUCCCCCACAGAAGGCCUAGGGGGUGCCCUGCCAGACCUGGACAAGAGAAAAGAAAUAUUUGGGAAAAACCUGAUACCUCCAAAGAAGCCAAAAACCUUCCUGCAGUUGGUGUGGGAGGCUCUUCAGGAUGUGACGCUCAUCAUCCUGGAGAUCGCUGCUCUCAUCUCCCUGGGCCUGUCCUUCUACCACCCACCUGGAGAGACCAGCGGGGAGGCAUGUGGCUCUGCUGCUGCUGGCGCGGAGGAUGAGGGAGAGGCGGAGGCGGGUUGGAUUGAGGGGGCGGCCAUCUUGUUGUCAGUGGUCUGUGUGGUCCUGGUCACGGCCUUUAACGACUGGUCCAAGGAGAAGCAAUUCAGGGGGCUGCAGAGCCGCAUCGAGCAGGAGCAAAAGUUCCAGGUGGCCCGGGCGGGGCAGGUCAUACAGCUUCCCGUGUCCGAUAUCGUUGUGGGGGACAUUGCUCAGAUCAAAUAUGGUGACUUGCUUCCCGCUGAUGGAAUUUUAAUUCAGGGCAACGACCUAAAGAUUGAUGAGUCGUCAUUGACCGGAGAGUCGGACCACGUCAAAAAAUCAGCUGACAAGGACCCCAUGCUCUUGUCUGGCACUCAUGUGAUGGAGGGCUCCGGGCGCAUGGUGGUCACUGCCGUGGGAGUGAACUCUCAGACUGGAAUAAUCUUCACUCUGCUGGGGGCCGGAGUGGAGGAGGAGGAGAAGAAGGAGAAGAAAGGUGGGGCAGUGGAGGAUGGACACCAGAACACAGACUGCUCCCACCCCCCUCUCCACCCCAUCGCCACUAUAGCCACGGAUGGGGCUGCGGGCAUGACUGCUCCGGGCAGUGCCAGCCUCAUUAAUGGUAAAAUGCAAGAUGGCAAUAUGGAGAGCAACCAGAUCAAAGUCAAGAAGCAGGAUGGUGCGGCUGCCAUGGAGAUGCAGCCUCUGAAGAGUGCGGAGGGAGGAGAGGAGGAGAAGGAGAGGAAGAAGGUGUCUGCACCCAAAAAGGAGAAAUCUGUGCUGCAGGGGAAGCUCACCAAACUGGCUGUGCAAAUCGGGAAAGCAGGUUUGCUCAUGUCGGCCAUCACGGUCAUCAUCCUGGUCCUGUACUUCGCCAUUGAUAACUUUGUGAUGCAGAAGCGUCCUUGGCUGACCGAAUGCACUCCCAUUUACAUCCAGUACUUUGUCAAAUUCUUCAUCAUCGGAGUCACUGUGCUGGUGGUGGCUGUGCCGGAGGGGCUGCCGUUGGCUGUCACUAUCUCCCUGGCCUAUUCUGUCAAAAAAAUGAUGAAGGACAAUAACCUUGUGCGUCACCUGGAUGCCUGUGAGACCAUGGGGAACGCCACAGCCAUUUGCUCCGACAAGACAGGGACUCUAACCACAAACCGCAUGACCGCAGUGCAGGUGUACGUGGGAGACAUGCACUACAAAGAGAUCCCAGACCCCGGAGUCCUGCCCCCCAAAUCUCUGGAGCUACUCAUCAAUGCAAUCUCCAUCAACAGCGCCUACACCACCAAGAUACUGCCUCCAGAUAAGGAAGGAGGUCUACCCAAACAAGUGGGGAACAAGACUGAGUGCGGCCUGCUGGGAUUGGUGCUUGACCUGAAGAGGGACUACCAGCCAAUCCGAAACCAGAUUCCAGAGGAAAAACUCUACAAAGUCUACACCUUCAAUUCCGUCCGCAAGUCCAUGAGCACCGUCAUAAAGCUGCCUGAUGGGAGCUUCCGCAUGUACAGCAAAGGAGCCUCUGAAAUCGUUCUCAAGAAAUGUAACCACAUUCUGAACGAGGUUGGUGAGGCCCGGGUAUUUCGCCCACGGGACAAAGACGAGAUGGUGAAGAAGGUGAUCGAGCCCAUGGCGUCUGACGGACUCCGGACCAUUUGUGUGGCGUACCGUGACUUCCCCAGCAACCCUGAACCCAACUGGGACGAUGAGAACAACAUCCUGAAUGACCUCAUCGCCAUCUGUGUGGUGGGCAUUGAAGACCCCGUCAGACCAGAGGUCCCAGAUGCCAUCCAGAAGUGUCAGCGCGCAGGCAUCACAGUGAGAAUGGUGACAGGAGACAACAUCAACACGGCCAGAGCCAUCGCCAUAAAGUGCGGCAUCAUUCACCCGGGAGAGGACUUCCUGUGCAUAGACGGAAAAGAGUUCAACAGGAGGAUCCGCAACGAGAAAGGAGAGGUUGAACAGGAGAGAAUUGACAAAGUUUGGCCCAAAUUGAGAGUUCUGGCCCGGUCCUCCCCGACUGACAAACACACACUCGUGAAAGGCAUCAUCGACAGCACCAUGGCAGACCAGAGGCAGGUGGUGGCAGUGACAGGAGAUGGUACGAACGACGGUCCUGCUCUUAAGAAAGCCGAUGUUGGGUUUGCGAUGGGCAUUGCUGGUACGGACGUGGCCAAAGAGGCGUCAGAUAUCAUCCUGACAGACGAUAACUUUAGUAGUAUCGUGAAGGCCGUGAUGUGGGGCAGAAACGUGUACGACUCCAUCUCUAAGUUCCUCCAGUUUCAGCUCACAGUUAACGUGGUGGCCGUGAUCGUGGCUUUCACCGGAGCCUGCAUCACUCAGGACUCCCCUCUGAAGGCGGUGCAGAUGUUGUGGGUGAACCUGAUUAUGGACACGUUUGCAUCUCUAGCUCUGGCCACUGAACCUCCCACUGAGUCUCUGCUCAAGAGGAAACCAUACGGACGCAACAAGCCCCUCAUCUCUUCCACCAUGACCAAGAACAUCCUGGGACACGGGGUCUACCAGCUCAUCAUCAUUUUCUCUUUGCUAUUCGUCGGGGAGCAGAUCUUUGACAUUGACAGUGGCCGUAACGCUCCUCUGCACUCUCCUCCAUCUGAACAUUACACCAUCAUUUUCAACACUUUCGUCAUGAUGCAACUUUUUAACGAGAUCAACGCCCGAAAGAUCCAUGGAGAGAGAAAUGUGUUCGACGGCAUCUUCAGGAACCCAAUCUUCUGCUCCAUUGUCUUUGGAACAUUUGCAGUACAGAUUGUGAUUGUGCAGUUUGGGGGUAAGCCGUUCAGCUGUCAGCCUCUGGACCUGGAGAAGUGGAUGUGGUGUGUUUUCCUGGGCCUUGGGGAGCUCGUCUGGGGACAGGUUAUAGCUACAAUCCCCAACAGUAAACUGCGGUUCUUGCGGAGGGCGGGCGCUUUGACGCAGAAAGACGAGAUGCCGGAGGAGGACGUAAAUGAAGAGAACGAAGAGAUCGACCACGCAGAGAGAGAGCUCAGGAGGGGCCAGAUCUUGUGGUUCAGAGGCCUCAACCGCAUACAGACCCAGAUCGAAGUAGUCAACACCUUCAAGAGCGGCACGUCCUUUCAGGGCGCGGGGGCUCUGAGGCGCCAGUCGUCCACCACCAGCCAGACCCAGGAUAUUCGCGUCGUGAAUGCUUUCCGUAGCUCCCUGUACGAAGGCCUGGAAAAACCCGAUUCCCGCUCAUCCAUUCACAACUUCAUGACUCAUCCCGAGUUUAGGAUCGACGACUCAACUCCCAAUAUCCCGCUAAUUGACGACACAGAUGAAGAAUCGGCGAGGCGGAGGCGAAAGUUUUCCAAUCAGCCGUCUUCUCCCAACAAAAACAACAACGCAAUAGACAGUGGAAUCAACCUUACCAUCGACACCAGUAAAUCCGCCGCGUCUUCUAGCCCCGCCUCUCCCCUGCACAGCUUGGAGACCAGCCUCUAACCUCCAUAAACAAAAUAAAUUAUGUUUUACCUAAAAUUUUAAGUCUGGGGUCUAACUUUGACCCUACAGCGUAACCUAGUCGCCUAAAAAAACCUCCUAUUUCCUCCACGCUUGGUACACGUAGGGCCGGUCCUAUAUGUGCAAUGCAAACUCUCCCCUUUAAAAGCUACUUCACGUUUUAACAGCAAGAAAGUGAAAAGAGCGUACAAUCAAAAAGAAACCCACAAACCGGCGGCCAUCUUGUUUGUGGUUGCUAUCGGCGACAGGUGAACGUGUACUGCAGUGCCACAUUUGCACAUGAAUAAAACUGUGUUAGUGGCAUUAUGGGAGGAAUAUGAGGAACUGACUUUAGACCUCCACAAUAACGUUGUCAAUACUUAUAAUAGUUUAAAUUAAAUUGAAAAUGUUGCUAUUAUUCUGAUGUUAUUCUUAAUGUUGCUCCUGCAUGAAUGUACAUUACCCAGGUUUUAUUUAAUACAAAGGGGUUGAGGGCCUGGCUACACAUACACAGAUAGUUGUCUACACAUUUUUGUCAUUUAUUUAUUUAUUUAAAAUAUGUAUAAACUUUUUAAAUCUACGGAUACAGUAGAGACGAGCUAAACGCUAAACUUUUGGUAUCCUCACGCGAGAUUGUAAAUAUGUAACCAUAGUAACGGCAUCACCCAACGCAGCCAUAAAGCGGUUGUACUUACUGUAUAUGUUAGCUUAGCAAUAAUAGCACGAAUUACAUUUCAGCUCCAUUUUUCCAUCGUUUUAAAUCAUCACAUACGAAACAUACAGAAU